CGGUGCUCGGAACGAAGACUGACCUUGCGGACGAGCUCGAGGUCAUCACCAUGGUGCCGGCGACGGUGCUCAGGAAGGAGGUGGAGCUAAGCAGCAUCAGCGUUGCGCAACGCAUGUCGUGGGCGGCUGGCCGCGAGACGACGCGUGUCGAGGACGAGGCGUACUGCCUUAUGGGUAUAUUCUCCAUCAAUAUCUCGACGCUGUACGGGGAGGGACGACAGGCGUUCUACCGGCUGCAGGAGGGGAUCAUGAAGAAGCUAGUCGACACUUCCUUGGUCGCGUGGGGAUACUCCACGCCGAGCUUGAGUGUCAACGGUGGUGAUUCGAUUCUCGAUCAUCAGGAUGAGAACUAUCACCUCCUUGCUCAUUCACCCCAUGCAUUCCAUGUUUCCAACGCAGUCUCGUUCUCCGCUCCGCGCUCGGCUAUUGCUGCUUACAAGAGAAGCUCGGCUGGUUCUGACCACCUCCGUUUCGGUAAGGCGAAAGCACAGGCCUCUUCACAAGCUG